GAAGUAACAUGCAUUCGUGUAUUAACUAUUAUUGUGAACCGUAAAGGGACCAUUAGAUAUUCAUUGUUUGCAAACAACGCAAAUAUGAAGAGGGUGAAACAUAACUUUGCUUCGCCUUUCAUGGCAGUCCUUCAACUCUGUUUGACUUUUUAACUGACUGUAUGCAAUCACGUCAUGAGGUGCGUUACAGACUCAUAAUGUCGGAAGAAAACCCCAGGACCAGUGCUGGAUACUCAGGGAACUCGUAGUUAGCUGUCUGGUGUUAUAAACACUAGGGGUGCAAUGGACGGUGGAGCUCCUGAUGCAGAAGAAGAUGGAGAGCAGGCAGCCUGUCGGAUUAAGGAGACAGACAGGUCGGAGGCUGCAGAAGUGGCAGUGACUCCUGCAUGUUUCCCAUCAAGAACGACAUCAAAAGGUGGAGAAACGGACCCUGUUCUGGACCUGUUGUCCCCAGAGCUCUGGAGGGGACUUUUACACCAGGAUCAGGGGAAACCAGAAAGGGAUGCCCCCUCUGAGUCUCCCUCCAGCCUCAUGGACACCUAUGGUCCCUCAAUGUCAAGCCUCUCUUCCUCCUCCUCCUCCUCUUACUUGUCCACCCAUCGCAACCAUGGUGCCAAUCUCUCCUCAUCCUCAUCUUCCUCUUCGUCUGCCUUGUGUCUGACUCCACCGUUGCCUCCUGCUGUGGAGCUCCCAGCUGUGUUGACUGAGACUAGACUGACCCUGGAUGUGUACCGGGGAGGGGCGGCGGCACUGCCCCUGAUUUGGGGGUCCAUACCGGGGAAGGUGAGAGGAGUCCAGUACCUGAGACUGGGCUCUGAGGAAAAAACAGGGCUCGACGGCGCACUGGAUGUCGUAUCUCAUCUGACAGAGCUGCGAUCUCUGGCCAUUCGGGGACACUGUUUUUAUGACUCCCAAGGGGACCCGCUGCCUGGCCUCCUCACCACUCUGCCUUCAUCAUUCUCCUCCCUUUGUCAUCUGGUGCACCUGGAUCUCUCCUUUAACCAGCUCUCCUCGUUGCCCUCCUGCCUUCUCAGCUUGCCUGCGCUGUCCUCUUUGCUCCUCUGUCACAACCACCUCACAGCUUUGCCUCCUGAUGCAGGCCAGCUGUCCUCCCUCACCUACCUCUCGCUCUUUGGAAACGAGCUGGUCUCUCUUCCUCCGAGCGUUGGUAAACUGAAGGCACUCCAGACCCUUGAUAUUUCGCAUAACCUCCUUCAGCAUCUACCUGAUGAAAUUGGAUCUCUGGAGGAGCUUGUUAAGCUGGAAUUGUCACACAACAAGCUGAAGCAGCUUCCAGAGAGCAUGGGUGCCCUCCUCUCCCUCAGGGAGCUUGUCAUCUACAGCAAUGACCUGCGACUGAUCCCACACUGUGUGAACAAACUGCCUCUGCUGAAAAUAGAUGUGCGUGACAAUCCCUUGGGACGACCCCCAACACCUCCUCCUCUCCCUCCUGCUCCUGAUAAAGCAGAAAUUCCAGAGUUGCACCUUGGAUUUAAUCAGCACAGUUUCUGUGUUUCGUCUGCUGGGGGUCAUGUGUUUCUCCCGGGGGGGGCCGAGCUGCUCUUCCCCCCGGGUUGCCUGGUGACGACCAGAAGACUGGAGUGGCUCGAGAAACGUCCAGGAAAGAAGUUGGUGCAGCUGGAAGAGCACGACAUCCUACUGAGUCGUCCACUGGAACUCCGUCCUCAUGGAAUUACCUUUCUAAAGCCUGUGGAGGUGUGUCUGCCUUAUCAUCGGACAAAAAGAAGAGAAGUGGCGGUGCAGCGGUUUGACGGACAGUCAUGGAGCAUUCUGCCCACUAUCCUGCGGAGGGGGAGCGAGAGCCAUAGCAGUCAUCCUGGUGGACGUCCAGCCAGGCUUGCCUGCUGCACAGUGAGCCAGUUCUCCUGGUUUAUGGUAGUGUCCCGUCCAGUGAAGGACAGUUGCUCUCUUACGCAAGCUGGAGCUCUGCUGGUGAGCAGCGCUGAUCCUGGAAUUAAGCUCCAAUUCCCUCCAGACUCCACCGUGCAGACCCGCACUAUCACUUUACAGGUGCUGCAGGUGUCCGUGUCAGAGGUGCAGGCGCUGUGUGGUGAUCCUCAGGCCAGCGUAAGCCCUCUCCUCUGCCUCACCCAGACUCCCAGCAUACAGUUCCUGCAGCCUAUCAAAGUCCAGAUCCCUCUGCCAUCAGGAGUCACAGGCCAUACAGUCGAUACAUCCUGUUUGUAUCUGCUACACGGAGACCCCGCAGCACAAACCUGGACUGACAUCACAUCUCAGGUGUCUCUCUAUGUCACCCAUGUUUAUGCCAUUUUCUACAUCACACAUUUCUCUUGGUACUGGCUGUGGUAUACCACUCAGCGCUGUGUUAGCGGGGUGGUCAGGAAGGUCUAUCAGAGGCUAAAGCAGUUUAAGGUCCAGUUCCUGGUCCUCCAGAGGAAGACUGAUCCUUCACAAGUUAUGCUACAGUGUUUACCUUCUAACAAGGUGGACAGCAGAGUGCAGUCUUUAUCUGAGCAGUAUGAUGGACCUCAGCCUUCAGACCUGUGUGACCUGCUGGAAGGAGAGCAGUUCUUUGCUGGCUUUGAGAAGGGCCUAGACAUCAGCACAGAGCGGCCUGACUGUUUGGAAGGACGGCUUUGUUUCGUGUUUUACUCCAGCCUGAAGAAUCUAAAGGAAGUUUACAUUUGUCCAGCUCAGGGUCAGAAGGGGCCAGUGAGGGGACAGGUGUCUUUUUACAGAGGAGAGGUUCCCGACAAUCUACCAGAGGAGGUGGCGAGGAAAAGGAAAGGACAAGACAGCCAGUGGCUCACAACUUUACCACUAAGACUUCCUGCUCUGAACUCAGAAAAUCAUUUCAUCAUGGAAGAGCUCCAGUAUCCUCCUCUGAACCUGGGUGACCCAGAGAGCGGAUACCUGACAGAAGCCAACCUGCUGUCCAUCUCUCUUCAGAUAGGACAGGACUGGCGUGUUAUUGGCAUCAAUCUUGGCCUAAGCUACCAGGAGCUAGACCGCAUCCAGUACAAGUUCAGGGACAACCUGGGAGCCUUGGUGCUGGACAUGCUGUUCCUCUGGGCCCGGGGUCAGCGGACUGCAGGACCAGGGGCCGUGUCGAGGCUGGUGGAGGCGAUGAUAGAGAGCGGCAGGAGGGACCUGGCGGAGGAGAUUGAGGACAUUGUCAGUAUAGGAAAGAGAAAGUACUCUGAGUCAUUGAGGAGAGUGGGGCUGGAAGCAGAGGACUUCUCGCUCGGUGAAACGCAGCAGUAGAUGGACUCACGCUGGGCGCAGAUGGCUGACUUACAGUUGGGUAACCUGUUUGUUUUACAACGUGGCCCCAUCACGGUUAUCUCUGCCGUCUGAACAACUGUCCUUAGACACAAACAAUCGCACCUUUUCUAAAUCAUUACUGCAGGAACAGGAGCAUCUUUGUCCUACAGAAGAGAGUGGAUAUAAAAUGAUCUGCAUGAAGAAGAGGGCCUGUGGAUCCCCCCCCCCUCCCCCAACUAUUUAAAAAUCUCAUAGUAUGCAGGAAUACAUGUUGGAAGUUUGUUUCUGCUAGAGGAAGAUGAAUUGAUGAAAAGUUGUAUUUAACAUGAAAACAUUUUAUGUAAAACAAUUUGAAUACAAAGACAAAUUUUGACAUAAAUGUGGAUUUUAUAUUUUUUCAAAAUGUCUGUUGUAAUGUUGAGCAGAACUGUUACUGGAAGCCAUUUUUAACAAUAUGUUUUGAUAACUCAAUGAUCGUUUCAGUUGCUUUCCAGCAAAGACGUCAAACAUUUGUGUCUUCCACUUCCGUUAUCAAAGGAUUCUCUGCUUUUCUUUCUUUUAUCACAGUAAAUGAAGACGCUAAAAGGAUUACAGCUGUUGGUUUAAAUAAGAAUUUUCCAAAGUCUUUGAUACAUUAACUGAAUAAUCAUGUAAAUAAAUAACAAAGUAACCAAUAAUGGGGGGAAAAAAAUUGGAUGCAACUACACUUUUAAAUUAUUAUCUCAAGAUUUUGUCUCAGUAAGUCCAGUUUGAACCUGUUCUAAAUUUUUGUUGUUAUGAUACUUCCAAUGAGAUGCCACUCUUUCAGCUGCCGAGUGCAAGAGGAGCAAACGCAGGGAUCUGAUGUGCUGUUAGGACCUGGAUCACUAAAUGUGCAAGAGACUGUCUUUUUUUCACUGUUCGUUUCAUGUGCUCCUCGUGUGCCUUUGGUCACCUAGAAACUUGCUUAUAUACCUGCAGCAAAUUCUCAGUGACAUCAGGGACAUUUUAUGAAUUUUAUAUCUCUAGUAUAACUGUGAUGUGAAGAAACGUGUCAGCUGUUUUCAUAGCCUUCUGCUGAGAGUCGUGUAGGUAGUGACUCACCCCAGAUGUUUUCUAAUGGAGCAUAUUUUUUUUUUCUUUCUAUUUAUUGUUCAAGGUCAUUGGGUUGAGAUGACACGUCACGAUGACGUUGUACCCCAUCCUUCAUCCCUACACUACUGCAAAUAAAAUAAAUAAAUCUGUACUUCUACUAUAAA